AGGACAAGACGUUUUGGGGCUCUUUCUUCAGGGAAAAGGUACAGUACAGUGGAAGAGGAGCGCUUCCUCACUAUGACAACAAUCAUGGCUAAAAGUGCAAAUACAACUAGUCCCACCGCCACCAGCACCACCCAUGUUCCAGCUUCAGGGAUUUGGGCGUGGAUAGAGAACAUUUUAAAUAAAAUACCUUUACCACGAUGGGCAAUCUACAUUUUGUUCGCUGUGGCAGUUUUCUUAAUCCUGCUAAUCAUCAUCUGUUGUUGUUGCUGUUGUUGUAAGCGUAAAAAGAAAGUCAAAGAGAAAGAAAAGAUCAAACUUGAAUCAGUGAAGAACAGUGUCACCACAAGCUUGGUGCAGCCAGAUGUAGAAGGACUACAGAAAUCGCAGGAAAAUGAGUAUCGUGGCCGAUUGCAGUACUCACUGGAAUACAGUUUUCCAAAAGAGGAGAUAACUAUUUCAGUGAAGCAAGCUGCCUCUCUCAAGGCUAUGGACAGUGGAGGGACAUCAGACCCAUAUGUUAUAGUGUAUCUAACGAAUGAUACCCGUAAGAAAAAUGAAACCAAAGUGUAUCGUAAGACACUGAAUCCUUCCUUCAAUGAGACCUUCACCUUCAAGCUUCUCCAGUCAGAAAUAACAGAGACCGAAGUGGUGAUGCAGGUCUUCGACUUCAACCGUUUUUCAAAACAUGAAGUGAUUGGGGAGGUGCGCCUAGCAGUGCGGGACAUCAAUUUGAAAGAUGUUAUUGAAGAAUGGAAAGAGCUGCAAGCUGCAGGAGAUUCAGACUAUGAAAAACUUGGAGAGAUUUGCUUCUCUUUAAAAUACAUCCCUGUGUCAUCAAAACUUGUUGUGGUCAUUCUUGAGGGAAGAAAACUUAAGAAAAUGGACAACGAUGGAUUCUCAGACCCAUACGUGAAGGUGCAGCUGGCUCUGAAUAAGAAAAAAUGGAAGAGAAAAAAGACUAAGGUAAAGAAGAAUACAUUAAAUCCAUACUUCAAUGAGGAAUUCACCUUUGAUGUGACACUGGAGCAAAUUAAGAAUGUGGAUCUCAUCAUCUCAGUGUGGGACCAUGAUAAAGUCAAUAAAAAUGAGCAAAUUGGAAAGAUAUUUUUAGGCUGCCGAGCCUCGGGAAAUGCUUUGCGACACUGGUCAGACAUGCUUGCACAUCCUCGAAGACCCAUAGCACAGUGGCACAAUCUUCAGGCAGCAGAAGAGGUUGACAAAACGCUGGCACUAAAAUCUCAUUUAAAACUGCCUAUUCCAGGGAGAUAG